AUGCGGGAUCUGAUAUUCUGGGUGUCAGGUAGCGUUAAGCGUCGCGAUACUUAUUAUACUGACCCCUCCUCAGGGGGCGAAAAUGUGCUGUGCUGGCAGGAUUCCACACCAGAAUAG